GUAGGGCGGAGUCAUAAGCCGUGUGAUAGCUCCUGUCGUAAACAGAAGAUGGUAUUAGCGGAAAUCGGAACCGAAAAAGUACGCAGCUGAUGGAGCGGGAAGGAAAAAAAGAAGCAAAAUAUCAAAGUAGGUAAUAUGAGAAAUGCUCGGCCCGCCCUGUUUCGUGUAGCCAGCAAUGAAGGACAGAAAACUACUGGGACUUUCCGGAAGUAAUCAAGUUAUUACAGAUUUCUUCAGACCUAGCAAUACUCCAGUUAAAGAGCGAGCUGUACUUGAGUCACCAAAACACUGUAACAAUGAAGCAAAAGAAAGUAAGGAUACAAGUCUUAUAUCAUUGCCAAAGAUGGCUUCCAAAUGUACAUCAAACAGAACCCCGGUAAAAUCCAGAAGGAGACUUAGCUUGACGAAACAGACAACACCAUCCAAGAGUCCCAUCCUUGAAGCAUUUGAGAAGACAGUUAAGCUACAGAAAACUGAACCCAUGGACUGUAAAGUUGCAAAUGUCACUUACAAGUACUCAAUGCCUUGUGUAGUAGUGAAAAAGCUAUUCGUGACCGACCCCCUAACAACUGUCAAGGUUGAAAAAAAUGAUUCUGUUGCUGUUUGCCUUUCAAAUAAGAAGGAGGAGGUUUCCAAACCUAGUCAUGCUGCACUGCACAGAAAUAAAAACAAUAAAAACACAGGAAGUGAAUUGGCUAAUGGGGAUAGCACAAGAAAAAACUCAUUUGGCACCAAGGACAAUAACUUUUCUUGUGUAAAGACUAGACGUUCUUCUGAUUUAAGAUUUUUGGAAACCUCGGAUAAAAGCUCCAGGAAACAGCUGCAAGGUUCACAGAGUUCAACAUUUCAGGUUUCACUGAAAUCGUAUUUAAAAGAGAGGGAACAGAGGAAGAAAAAGCAAGAACAGAAGCAUCGUGAUAGAGCAAAUUCAUGUUCUCCUCACUCUUUAAACAGCUUCUGCAUUUCAAAUGAAAAUGCUUCCUGGGAAGACAACAAGAUACAUUCUAACUCAUUGAAAACUGCAGCACAUAAAGGUCCUUCAUCAUUCCGAAGCCCCAGCAACAUAUCGGUUUGUAAAGACAAGUAUUCUGAGAAGACUUUACCAUGCCGUUCUCUUUCAGAACCUAAAGGUGGCAGUUCAGCCAGUUCUUCAGCUGUUAAAAGGAAAAGGGAGUUUGAAAGUGACCGUACAGAAUUUAAAAAAACUUGCUUUGUCAAAGGUGGCAUUAAAUUAGAGGAACAUGAUGCACAGUGGAAAAAUGGAGGCUCUAAAAAUAUUAAAUAUCAGCUUUCAAACUGUAAAGAAGAUGCUGCUGUUGCCAAUUCUGAGUCUGCACUGUCUGGAACAAGUCCACAUUUACAUCUAAAGUCUUCUGUGGACCAAGUGAACAAGAAUACUUUGUGUUGUACUACUAAGCAUACAGCUCGACGACUAUUUCAUGAAACAAAAAUCCAGAAAACGCAUGUACAUCCUGGUGAUUAUGUAAAAUCAAAUAGUAAAACCAAAUGCUUGGCUGCAGCACCUAGAAAAGUUUCUUCUAAUUCUUCUUUAGAAGAAAAUUAUUCUAAAAAUAACUGUGUAAAUACUGAAGAUAGUCUUCUGGCAUUUGAUUUCAGUUCUCAGCUAUCCCUUUCUACCCGUGAGCCUGAUCAGGAAAUGUCCAAUGAAAAUCUAAAAAACAAGGAACUUCCUCCAUCCUUAGUUACAUCAGAGGGGACUGAUAUGCUUGGCAGUGACAGAGUGUUGUCUCCAUUAAACUGUUCUCUUUCACCAAAGAAGCCCACAAAAGGAUAUGUUGGUUCACCUGUUACUUCAUCUAAGGUGAUUGAAAAUAGAAUUGGUGUUCUUACAAAAUGUGCACUGAAUACGUCUACAGAUUCUUUGGCUGAGUUUUCUGGCAAUCUAAGUGUUGAUAGCGCCAGUGAAGAUGACGAGCCUUUUUUAUCAAUGAAUGCGUUUAUGCCUUUAAAUUCAGAACCUCCUAGUACACCUGAUUCAAGUGCCUAUUCAGUGCCUACUACACCUUUAUCAUCAGGAAAUUUUACAGCUCUCACCACCAAAACAAAUUAUAAGAACAGCCUUGCACGUAUGCUAAAGGAAAAAGAGGAGAACCAAAGGGCAAAUGAAAUCCAGGUGAAAUUACAGAAUGACAUUGAGGAAGGAAGACGUGUUUUACGGCAGAUGGAAUGCGAGGAUGAAGAGAGCACUGCUGAAGAGAAUUCUAUAUCUGAGGAACAUAGAAUUUUUUUGCAGCGUUUUUCUGUUACACCUGAAGGCAUUCCAGAUCUACAUCCAGGAACUGAAAUUUUUGAUUCAUCCAAAUUUGGCAAGUUAUUUAGACAGCAUACUCUGGACCUGAGGAACUGCAAUACACAACCUAAAAAUGCUUGUGAGAGAAUACUUUGGAGGUCGGAUAUUCAAAAUCAGAUUUUUUUAACAUGUCAUGGAUUACUUAAAAAAGCAGAUCAAUCUGAGCCUUGCCAGUCAGCAAUUUACAGGUGGAUGUUUCAGAUGAUGUCUGUCCAUAAUGAUUAUAUUACUUCAAUGCAAAUCCUGAAAUCUCUUAAGGAUCUUGCUGUGAAUGCUGCUUUUCAUAUAGUAAAAAACAAGAGCAAACUGUUUGAAGUCUGGAUCCCAUCUGUUAAAGAUGUGGUCAUUGUACUUGUCAACAUGGGUGCCUCCUUUGAAAACUUGUUUCCUCAUCAAAAUAUACAACCAGAAUUUACAGGAGAUGACAUUUUGCAGUGUAUGAAUACAAUAGCUAAGAAGACUGCUGCUGAAAUUUCAGAAAAUAAUCUUGAUUUUUUCCAUGAACACAACUUAGUCAAUGUAAUUAAGUAUGUUGUCCUGUGCACAUCCCUGUGUCCCAAUGUUUACAGUGACCAAGAACUGGUACUGCUUAUGAGCAUCUUCUGUCGAAUCAGCCUGGAGAAAGAAUUUAGACAAUUCCCAAUGCAAGAAAUACGUUUUCUCCUAUACAGCCUGCUAAGCAACAUUAAAAACUGGGAUAUACAGCUACCAAACAUGUUUUUGACGUUAACUGAAUAUGCAGACCAUCACCAUGACCUUCGCAAAUUGGUUCAGUUAUUUCCAAGCACCUCAGUUCGUGGAAAACAGUUAAGGCACCAUCUUAGCCUGGCAAUCAUCUCCAAACUGUUGAACAAAAGAUGUACUUAUAAAUGUGAGGUUUCAAAUUUACAGAUAUCAGAACUUCGUCCAUACUUGAUAAGAAUGAAACCCUCGUCUCUCUUAAAGUCCCUUGAAGCUGCACAAGAAGGCUCUCCAAACCAACUGUCUGUAGACACCCUGGAUCAUGAGGCAUAUUAUUUGGCUUACAGCCUGUUGGUACUUGCUAAUGAAGUUGUCAACAUUGACUCUCUUCCAUCUAAUCAAAGGCGAAGUCUGGUUUUACUGUGCAGUGAACUGGAUAAACACAUAAAAUGUGACAUCAGAGAACACGAUAGACAUCUAUAUCGAAGCAAGGUUAAGGAUUUGGUUGCGCGAAUUUACACAAAAUGGCAAGAGCUUCUUCAAAAAACUAAACCUCCUCAGGGAAAACUGCAUGAUUACUGGGAACCUUUAGCAGAUGACCAGAUCACACCUACUGAUUGAAGAUGGUUCAAGUGAACUUCACACAUAAUAUCAGAUAU